CCGGAGCCCGGCGCGCAGCUGCGGAGAGUACCGUGGAGUCCGCGCCCCGACGCUUUGCGCCCGCAGUGUUCGUCUCGUCCGCCGCGUCCCGGCCGGGCAUGGGGCAGCCCGGCUGAGCGCCGCACCCCGCCGCCGAGACCCCCAGCCCAAGCCACCGUCCCUCUCGCCGCGGCUCCAGCGUGCACCGGCGAUGGAGAAGGCGACGGCCGGCACCGUGGGGCUGCGGUUGCUGCUGCUGCUGCCGCUGCUCGGCGAAGCCCCACUGGGACUCUACUUCUCAAGGGAUGCUUACUGGGAGAGGCUGUACGUGGACCAGCCGGCCGGCAUGCCCCUGCUCUACGUCCACGCCCUGCAGGACGUCCCCGAGGAGGUGCCCAGCUUCCGCCUGGGCCAGCACCUCUACGGCGCCUACCGCACACGGCUGCACGAGAACGACUGGGUCCGUAUCCAGGAGGACACGGGGCUUCUCUACCUUAACCGGAGCCUGGACCACAGCUCCUGGGAGAAGCUUAGCAUCCGCAACGGUGGCUUCCCGCUGCUCACCGUCUACCUCCAGGUCUUCCUGUCGCCCACGUCCCUUCGUGAGGGCGAGUGCCAGUGGCCAGGCUGUGCCCGAGUGUACUUCUCCAUCAUCAACGCCUCCUUCCCGGCUUGCGGUGCCCUCAAACCCCGGGACCUCUGCUUCCCCGAGAUGGGCCUGUCCUUCCGCAUUAGGGAGAACAGGCCUCCCGGCACCUUCCACCAAUUCCGCCUGCUCCCUGUGCAGUUCCUCUGCCCCAACGUCAGCGCAGCCUACAGGCUUCUGGGAGGUGAGAGUCUGCCCUUCCGCUGCGCUGUGGACAGCCUGGAGGUGAGCACGCGCUGGGCCCUGGACCGCGAGAAGCGGGAGAAGUAUGAGCUGGUGGCUACGUGCACGGUGCGCGUCGGCACGCGUGAGGAGGAGGUGAUGGUGCCCUUCCCCGUGACCGUGUACGACGAAGACGACUCUGCGCCCAGCUUCCUUGGGGGCGUCGACACCGCCAGCGCCGUGGUGGAGUUCAAGCGGAAGGAGGGCACUGUUGUGGCCACACUACGUGUCUUCGAUGCAGAUGUGGUGCCAGCAUCCGGGGAGCUCCUGAGACGGUACACAAGCACGCUGCUCUCCGGGGAUGCCUGGGCCCUCCAGACCUUCCGAGUAGAGCACUCGCCCAACGAGACCUUGGCCCAGGCCAACGGCAGCUUUGUGCGGGCAACCGUGCAUGACUACAGGCUGGUUCUCAACCGGAGCCUCCCCAUCUCGGAGAGCCGGGCCGUGCAGCUGGCCGUGCUGGUCAACGACUCGGACUUCCAGGGCCCGGGGGAGGGCGUCAUCCUCCUCCACUUCAACGUGUCUGUGCUGCCCGUCAGCCUGCGCCUGCCCAGCACCUACUCCUUUGCCGCGAGCAGGCGGGCCCGCCGCUUCGCCCAGAUUGGGAAAGUCUGUGUGGAAAACUGCCAGGAGUUCAGUGGCAUCCACGUGCAGUACAGGCUGCAGCUCUCCAGCGCCAACUGCAGCGCCCUGGGGGUGGUCACCUCGGCCGAGGACACCACGGGGACCCUGUUCGUGAACGACACGGAGGCCCUGCAGCGGCCCGAGUGUGCCCAACUCCAGUACACGGUAGUGGCCGUCGAACGGCCAACCCGCCGGCAAGCCCAGGCCCCACUGCUCGUCACACUGGAGGGGACAUAUGUGGCAGAGGAGCCAGGCUGCCCCCUGUCCUGCGCGGUCAGCAAGAGGCGGCCCGAGUGUGAGGAAUGCGGCGGCCUGGGCUCUCUGACGGGCAGGUGCGAGUGGAGACAGGGAGACGGCAAAGGGAUCACCAGGAACUUCUCCACCUGCUCCCCCAGCAUCAAGACCUGCCCCGAUGGCCACUGUGACGCCGUGGAAAGCAGAGAUGCCAACAUCUGCCCCCAGGACUGCCUCCGGGGCGGCAGCAUCAUUGGUGGGCACGAGCCUGGGGAGCGCCGGGGGAUUAAAGCCGGCUUCGGUAUCUGCAACUGCUUCCCGGAGGAGAAGAAGUGUUUCUGUGAGCCGGAAGACAGCCAAGACCCGCUGUGUGACGGGCUUUGCCGCACAGUGAUCACGGCAGCCGUGCUCUUCUCCUUCAUCGUGUCCGUGCUGCUGUCCACCUUCUGCAUCCACCGCUACCACAAGAAUGCCCACAAGCCACCCAUCGCCUCAGCUGAGAUGACCUUCCGCCGGCCUGCCCAGGCCUUUCCGGUCAGCUACUCCUCAUCCGGUGCCCGCCGGCCCUCGCUGGACUCCGUAGAGAAUCAGGUCUCUGUGGACACCUUCAAGAUCCCGGAGGAUCCAAAGUGGGAAUUCCCUCGGAAGAACUUGGUUCUUGGAAAAACUCUGGGAGAAGGAGAAUUUGGAAAAGUGGUCAAAGCAACGGCCUUCCGGCUGAAAGGCAAAGCGGGGUACACGACUGUGGCUGUAAAGAUGCUGAAAGAGAAUGCCUCGGCGAGCGAGCUGCGGGACCUGCUGUCAGAGUUCAACCUCCUGACGCAGGUCAGCCACCCGCAAGUCAUCAAGCUAUAUGGAGCCUGCAGCCAGGACGGGCCGCUGCUCCUCAUUGUGGAGUAUGCCAAGUACGGCUCCCUGCGGGGCUUUCUCCGAGAGAGCCGCAAGGCGGGGCCCGGCUACGUGGGCAGCAGAGACAGCCGCAACUCCAGCUACCUGGACAACCCGGAGGAGCGGGCCCUGACCAUGGGCGACCUCAUCUCCUUCGCCUGGCAGAUAUCGCGGGGGAUGCAGUACCUGGCCGAGAUGAAGCUCGUCCAUCGGGACUUGGCAGCCAGAAACGUCCUAGUAGCCGAGGGGCGCAGGAUGAAGAUCUCGGAUUUUGGUCUGUCCCGAGAUGUUUAUGAAGAGGAUUCCUACGUGAAGAGGAGCAAGGGUCGGAUCCCAGUCAAGUGGAUGGCCAUUGAGUCCCUCUUCGAUCACAUCUACACCACCCAGAGUGACGUGUGGUCCUUCGGUGUCCUGCUGUGGGAGAUUGUGACCCUGGGGGGCAACCCCUACCCUGGGAUUCCUCCAGAGCGGCUCUUCAACCUUCUGAAGACAGGCUACCGGAUGGAGAGGCCAGACAACUGCAGCGAGGAGAUGUACAGUCUGAUGCUGCAGUGCUGGAAGGAAGAGCCAGACAAGAGGCCAGUGUUCGCUGACAUCAGCAAAGACCUGGAUAAGAUGAUGGUUAAGAGCAGAGACUACUUGGACCUGGCCGCGUCCACCCCAUCUGAUUCCCUGCUGUAUGACGACGGCCUGUCGGAGGAGGAGAUGCCCCUGGUGGACUGUAAUAACGCUCCCCUCCCUCGAACCCUCCCCUCCACGUGGAUUGAAAACAAACUCUAUGGCAUGUCAGACCCGAACUGGCCUGAAGAGAGUCCUGUACCACUCACGAGAGCCGAUGGCACCAACACUGGGUGUCCAAGAUAUGCAAAUGAUAGUGUAUAUGCUAACUGGAUGGUUUCACCCUCCGCGGCACAAUUAAUGGACACGUUUGAUAGUUAACAGUUCUUUGUGAAAGGUAAUGGACUCACAGGGGAAGAAACAUACCGAGAACAGAAAGUCUGCUGGCCCCUCCUUGCACAUUUCACACUGGCUGGUGAUUUUCCCUCCCAGCAGACGUAGCGCUCUGGACCAGUGUUCUGAGUCCAGCACGUAGGUGUCCCUUCCUCUUCAGUCCAUGGCAGCACCCAGCGCUGGUCUGGGUUCAGCAGUGAGCACCACAUACUCCGUGCUCACACGUGUGGGUCCCUCACGCACUCUCCGAACUGUUUGAUUUUUCCGGUUGCCGCCAAACGAGGCCACACGAUUUAAACAUGAAGCACACACACCAAAAAGGCAGCAGGAGAAAAAAAACUGGCCCAGACGACCUGUCCUUGUUCAGAAUGAGAGCCCGGCCAGGCCUCAUAGGGUUGUCAAAGCCCAGCCAGGGCUGGAGAGGGAGAGGGGACCUCGGGACAGGCCUCGGCUCAGCCUUCGAGAUCCUGAGAAUGUUUUUUUUUUUUUUAAAUCAUGGAACCUUUUCUUAGGGAGACAUUUGAUUUUUAUCAUGAUUAAAACGAUUGUUAGAUUUAGCACAGUGGAGAGACAUGAUGCCGCAUUUGCUGUGUAGGUAGGUGGUGUGAGGGGAGAGGGCUCCCAGGACACAGUUGUUCCCGUCGCUGAGUAAUCACUAACCCCCUGACGAGAAGUGUGUGGAGGAGUGGGGCCGUUGAGUGGAGUGGCCUCGUGUCCAAGGACUGCUGACCGCAGAGACUUGCGGUGAAUCCCUGCACCCCACAGCCUUCAGCGUCCCCCCAUCCAGCGCUGAAAAGUGGCGGAGGCUCAUCUCACACAUUAGUGGGGUGGAACUUGUGCCCAGUUUCAAAGGGACAGUUCAGCUAGUUUAGAAGUAGCAUCGACAGUGACACCUCUGAUUACGAUUCUGAUGGAAAAGGCAGUGUUUUGGCUCUUAUAGAGCUUGUGUGAAAAGGUACGUGUAUCCACUCUUCCUGUGUUUGUAACAUAAUGCUGCUAUGGUAAGACAUUUUUGUUUUUUAGGUUCUGACCAUGACUCGUAAGCUUCUUGUCAUUCUUCACUGCUUGUUUGUGGUCACAGACACUCAGCACUCCUCCCAUCCUGCCGGGGUGGCUUUCAGGAAGUCCCGGCAGCUCUUCUUUCUGUCCCAGCGCUGUCACUUUGCAGGAGAGGGUCAGUUAGCAGAACACUGCCUGGGCUUCAUACUUAAACCACUGUGAAAGGACUUAAUGUCGUCUCAUUAAAAUACUGGAUUUUAUAACCAUUUCACAAAAGCAGUAAAAUUAUGGCAUUUUUGUGGCCAGGAAGGCUUGGAUGAGUAUGUGGAGGAGCCGUGUGUGUGUGUGU